CUUUAUCAACACUCUUUCGAAAUGUUUGUCGUAUCCGUUUUUAAAAUAAUCGAAGCACCUCCAUUCCGUACAAAUUGAAAUGUUCCAUAGUUUUGGUCAAAUUCGCAGUAUAAACACAUAAAAAUUGGUUGUAGAAAUCAAAAGAGCAAGCCUACAAAUAUCGUCUUUCUCGUGUCUCAUUCGGCGGCCACAUGGAUGUGCUCUCUAUCACGCAGAAGGUGCUCGUACGCCGCACGGAUGGACGGGUCCAUUUGGCGAGUAUCAUCAAGCUGGAUGGCGGAGUCAACAACUCCGUAACCGUGGAGUGGUGCGAGGGCGAUUGCAUGCGUGGCAAGGAGAUUUCACUGCCUCAGAUCAUCGAAAUGAAUCCGGAAAUCUUCGAGGUACAGCGAAAAGAACAAUCUGAACAGCGCAAAGGGCACUUGGCAGGCAUGGUGCCCAUUCCACCCAGAGCUACCACAAUGAGCGCCACGAAGCUGUGGAACACCCUGAUGCAACGUCUGCCGGCUGGCGGUACACCCAUCCCGAUGAGGCGCCUGAAGGUGGGCAGUGCCACGCCCAGACAGCGCUCGCCCAGCCGGCAGGAGCGGCAUCAGCAGCGGGAGGUUCGCGGUGGAUCUGAUCGGUGUGACUCCAACUGGGACACGGCCAGGAUGAUCCACUUGUAUCGGCUGCAGAUGGAGAGCCGGCCACUGGAGGAUCUUGGCUUUCCGGGACCCCUCAAGCGGCACGGCAUCAUGGUGUGUGUGCGAAAGCGCCCACUCAGUCGGAAGGAGCUGGCCGAGCGCGAGCUGGACGUGAUCAGCAUGCCCCGUGCGGACAUGCUGGUGGCGCACUCGCCGCGCCGGCACGUGAACCUGGUGCGAUUCCUCGAGAACCACAACUUUCGCUUCGACUGCACCUUCGACGAGGCCUGCUCGAACGCCACCGUCUACAACUACACGGCGCGUCCGCUGAUUCGGCACAUCUUCGACGGCGGCAUGGCCACGUGCUUCGCUUACGGCCAGACCGGGAGCGGCAAGACCCACACCAUGGGCGGAGAGUUCACGGGUAAGCAGCAGAACGUGAUGGACGGCAUCUAUGCGAUGGCUGCCAACGAUGUGUUCUGCACUUUGGAGGAGCCGUCGAAUGCCAGCCUGGGACUGAAGGUGACCUGCAGCUUUUUUGAGAUCUACGGAUCGCGGAUCUACGACCUGUUAACGCCUGGCAAGGAGCAGCUACGCGUCCUCGAGGAUGGCCACCAGCAGGUGCAGGUGGUGGGACUCGCCGAGCGGCCGGCGCGCAACACCGCCGAUGUCCUGGCGUUGUUGGAGCUGGGCAACUGUUUCCGGACCUCGGGCCAAACCUCGGCCAACUGCAAGUCCUCACGCUCCCACGCCAUAUUCCAGAUUGUUCUGCGCUCCGCGGAGACAUUUCGUCUCCAUGGAAAGCUUUCGCUAAUCGAUCUGGCCGGCAACGAGCGGGGAGCAGACAACUCCAGUGCGGAUCGCAGGACACGCCUGGAGGGCGCCGAGAUCAACAAGUCGCUGCUGGUGCUCAAGGAGUGCAUCAGGGCCUUGGGUCGCCAAGCGUCCCACAUACCCUUCCGCGGCUGCAAGCUCACACAGGUGCUGCGCGACUCCUUCAUCGGCAAGAAGGUGAAGACCUGCAUGAUAGCGACGAUCUCGCCGGGUCUGCGCUGCGUGGAGCACACCCUGAACACCCUCCGCUAUGCGGAUCGCGUCAAGGAGCUCACAGCACAAACAGUGUUCCCAAAGGCUCGCCUGGCUCGAGCCAAUUCCAUGGAGGCAGCCCCAUCCUUGUCGGCUAGCAGCCUGCAAAUGCAUUGCCUACCUGAUAUCAUUAGUCCCACCCAGGCCUCGCAAUCCCUGACCAAUCUGGAGUGGUUUGUCUCCUCCACAUCGCUGCAGGACGCAGAAAACCGGUCGACUCGUCGAUCCCUGGAUAUGGAGACUCUGACUUACUGCAAAAAUCCCAAAGAGAACAGAAGACCCGAACAGAGGCAGUCAGCGAAACCGGAGGUGACCCCCAGGAACUCGGAGGCAUUCCAAGAUGCCUCGCUGAUGAUGGCCAAAGCCUUGGACUUGGUUAACAAAUCCCAUGGUUAAGAUUUCUAAGACAUGAUUUCUACAACACACAAACAUAUCCAUAUAACAAAAUUUGGAUCUGAAUAAAUAGUUUUAUUGGGAAUUAAA